GCAGCGCGACAAAGUGAGGCUGCUGCUGCGGGGCGCGCUGUGCGGAGCGCGGAGGCGCCAGGGCCAGUGGGCCCCGGCAGUGCCUUUUUCCUUCCUCUCUUCCCUUCUUCCGCCUCCCUUCUUUAUUCUGCUCCCUGCUCCGGACGCGAGGCUGGCCGGUCGACGCUGGGGAUGUGAGAGGCAGCGAAGCGGGCCGGCCCGGGGCCCGGAGAACCGCUGAGGAAGAGGCCGGAGCCCCAGGACGGUGUGUUCAGGGGGAGCGGUAUGAAGUUGAAGAAACAAGUGACAGUGUGUGGGGCAGCUAUAUUCUGCGUGGCUGUCUUCUCCCUCUAUCUCAUGCUAGACCGAGUGCAGCAUGAUCCCACCCGGCACCAGAAUGGUGGCAACUUUCCCCGAAGCCAGAUCUCAGUGCUACAGAACCGAAUUGAACAACUGGAGCAGCUGUUAGAGGAGAAUCAUGAGAUCAUCAGCCACAUCAAGGACUCGGUGCUGGAGCUGACGGCCAAUGCAGAUGGCCCUCCUGCUCUGCUCCCUUACCACAUUCCCAAUGGCUCCUGGGUGGUACCGCCUGAGCCCUGGCCUAGCUUCUUUUCCAUCUCUCCCCAAGACUGCCAGUUUGCUCUGGGGGGGCAGGGCCAGAAGACAGAGCUCCAGAUGCUCACCUUGUCGGAGGAGCUGGCCUUUGACAAUGUGGAUGGCGGUGUGUGGAAGCAAGGCUUUGAUAUCCCCUAUAGCCCCCAUGACUGGGACUCGGAAAACCUCCAAGUGUUUGUGGUGCCCCAUUCCCACAAUGACCCAGGUUGGAUAAAGACCUUUGACAAGUAUUACACAGAACAGACACAACACAUCCUUAACAGCAUGGUGCCCAAGCUGCAAGAGGACCCACGGCGACGCUUUCUCUGGGCUGAGGUCUCCUUCUUUGCCAAGUGGUGGGAGAACAUCAAUGCUCAGAAGAGGGCAGCAGUAAGAAGGUUGGUGGGAAAUGGUCAGCUGGAGAUGGCAACUGGAGGCUGGGUGAUGCCUGAUGAAGCCAAUUCCCACUACUUUGCAUUAAUUGACCAGCUCAUCGAAGGGCAUCAAUGGCUGGACAAAAACCUUGGUGUGACCCCACGCUCCGGCUGGGCCAUCGACCCAUUCGGAUACAGUUCCACCAUGCCUUACCUCCUUCGUCGCUCAAACAUAACCAGCAUGUUAAUCCAGAGAGUGCAUUAUGCUAUCAAGAAGCACUUUGCUGCAACACACAGCUUGGAGUUCAUGUGGAGACAGACGUGGGACCCAGAUGCCAGCACGGAUAUCUUUUGCCACAUGAUGCCCUUCUACAGCUACGAUGUGCCACAUACCUGUGGCCCCGACCCCAAGAUCUGCUGCCAGUUCGACUUCAAGCGUUUGCCGGGUGGGCGGAUCAACUGCCCUUGGAAGGUGCCCCCUCGGGCUAUCACGGAAGCCAACGUGGCCGAGAGGGCAGCCCUGCUUCUGGAUCAAUACCGGAAGAAAUCCAAGCUGUUUCGAAGCAACGUGUUACUGGUGCCCCUCGGCGAUGACUUCCGUUACGAUAAACCCCAGGAAUGGGACGCCCAGUUCUUCAAUUACCAGCGACUCUUCGACUUCCUCAAUAGCCAGCCUGACCUCCACGUGCAGGCCCAGUUUGGCACUCUGUCUGACUAUUUUGAUGCCCUGUACAAGAAGACAGGGGUGGAGCCUGGUGCCCAGCCUCCAGGUUUUCCUGUGUUGAGUGGGGAUUUCUUCUCUUACGCUGACCGGGAGGAUCACUACUGGACAGGCUAUUUCACCUCUAGGCCUUUCUACAAGAGUCUGGACCGGGUCCUAGAGGCCCAUCUGCGGGGUGCAGAGAUCCUGUACAGUCUGGCACUCGCCCACAUCCGGCAUUCUGGCAUGACCAUUCAGUACCCGCUCUCAGACUACGCCCUGCUGACUGAUGCUCGUCGCAACCUAGGGCUCUUCCAGCAUCAUGAUGCCAUCACUGGUACUGCCAAGGAGGCAGUGGUGGUAGACUACGGAGUCAGGUUGCUGCGUUCUCUUGUGAGCCUGAAACAGGUCAUCAUCAAUGCUGCUCACUACCUAGUGUUGGGGGACAAAGGAACCUACCAUUUUGAUCCCAGCACACCUUUCUUCAGCAUGGAUGACACACGCCUAACCCAGGAUGCCCUGCCUGAGCAGACGGUGAUUCGGAUGGAUUCCUCACCCCGGUUUGUGGUUCUCUUCAACCCCCUGGAUCAGGAGCGGCUCAGUGUUGUCUCAUUGCUUAUUAACUCUCCCCGGAUCCGGGUCCUUUCUGAGGAGGGCCAGCCCUUGGCCGUUCAGCUCAGCGCCCACUGGAGCUCUGCCACUGACAUCGUCCCUGACGUCUACCAGGUAUCUGUGCCAGCCCGCCUACCUGCCUUGGGCCUCAGCAUCCUGCAGCUGCAUCCGGGCCUGGAUGGGCGCCGCACCCUGCCCUCCUCCGUGCGUAUCUACCUGCAUGGCCGGCAGCUGUCUGUGAGCAAGCAGGACGUCUUCCCUGUGCAUGUCGACGAGGCUGGGACCAGUGACUUUGCCCUCAGCAAUCGCUACAUGCAAGUCUGGUUCUCGGGCCAAACUGGGCUCCUCAAGAGCGUCAAAAGGGUGGAUGAAGCCCAGGAGCAUCGCUUGAGCACCGAGUUCCUCAUCUACGGCACCCGGACCUCCAAAGACAAGAGCGGCGCCUACCUCUUUCUUCCUGAUGGUGAGGCCAAGCCCUACGUCCCCAGGGAGCCCCCCGUCCUCCGGGUCACCGAGGGCCCCUUCUUCUCAGAGGUCGUCGCCUAUUACCAGCACAUGCAGCAAGUGGUGCGGCUCUACAACUUGCCAGGGGUCGAGGGGCUCUCCUUAGACGUCUCCUCCCUCGUGGACAUCCGAGAUCACGUGAACAAGGAGCUGGCGCUUCGCAUCCAGACAGACAUCGAAAGCGAAGGGACCUUCUUCACGGACCUCAACGGCUUCCAGAUCCAGCCCCGUCGGCAUCUGAAGAAGCUGCCACUGCAGGCCAAUUUCUACCCCAUGCCAACCAUGGCCUACAUCCAGGAUGGCCAGAGCCGCCUCACCCUGCACACCGGCCAAGCGCUCGGUGUGUCCAGCUUGAGCAGCGGUGAAUUGAAGGUUGGAAAAAUAUUGAGGGGUCAGCUGCAGAGAGAUGAAAAUAGAAUGCUGGGGAGCAGAACAGAAAAGUUUAUAUUUUAUGAUGUCUGUAUGCUAAGAUUUCUUUCAUGGGUAUAUCUAGUACUGAUCCUAAGAGCUAUCACUGGAAAGGAUCUUAGAAACCAUCUAGUACAAGCUCUUCCUUUUCCAGAAGACAAAACUGAGGCCCAAAGAUUAAGUAACUUGUGCCCAAGGUCUCAAAGUGGCGGAGCCAGGAGUUUUCUGGCUCCCAAUUCAACAUUCUGUCUGGUAUCUGAUGCUCUCAUUCUGGUGCUUGGCUCAUGCCUCCUCUUUCUACAGGUGGCCCUGGGGAGCCUUUUCCAAGGGUUGGACAUGAGCUUCCUGCAGCCCACUUCACUGACAUUACUUUAUGCACUGGGCUCACCUUCUAACAGCAUGGACAUCCAGUUGGAGCCCAUGGAGAUUUCCACCUUUCGCCUCCGCCUGGGCUAGGACCCUUCACAGCCAAGUGAGGAAGUACAUCCAUACAGACCACCUUUCAAGAUAAAGCUGGGAUGGACAGCUGCACUGGGUGCCCCAACCUACUCCACCUUCCCCAACCGUGACAGACUGAGCUCUGCCCCGUUGUUCUCUAUUUAUUGUUGCUCCUGUGCUUGGGGGGCUGCCCAGAAGCCCAGGAUUAGACAGACGGGGCAAAAUACAGGUAGGCUCAGGAGAGGCGGUCCCUGUGUGCCGGUGCCAGUGAUGCUGGGCAGUGCCAGGAGGUGCAUGAGUGGCUGCCCACUUGGACAUGAGGUUCUUGCCCUCAGUUCCUAUCCUGUCUCCCUCCCAUUAGCUUUGGGGAUUUGGGAGACCAAGAGCAAGCAUGGAGAAAACUGAGGGAGGCAACAAGGAACGAGAUCUAGGCCGCUGCCCGGAUGGAGGCAGGUAUGCGAGGAGAAGGGAAUCACAAUCCCUCCGUCGGUCAGAGCUGGCUCUGAAAUGAAGUACAGAUAUUUACUGUGAUGAUCUAAGAAUGGAGUGUAUAAGAAGGAAUCUGCAUUGAGAAUGGUUUUAACUUGGGAGAAAAGGAAGCAUAACGGGGAUAAAGGGAAGAUUUCUCUCUCCUGGGAAGCAGAAUCCUAGGUGAGCUGCCAAUAGCGAGGCCAGGCAGUGCUGCCCUGGCUAAGGGGAUAUGCAUCAAGCGGGUGAUUUUGUAGCGGUUGAUAAGAACUCUUUGUAUGGAACUAGAGACUGUGACUUUGCCAGAGUUCACAGGACACUUCAGGUAACAAAACUCAUUUCAAACUA